UUUCUUUCUCUCUCUCUCUCUCUUUUAUUAAACGUAAACUAUACCCAAACACUCAUUUAACAAUAGAGAAAGAGGAAAAGAGAAAAUAAAAUCAGAUCCAAGUAUUAUCAGUGCAGUUAGCAGUAACCUUUCGAGUUUAAGAUUAAGUGAGAUGUCAAGCUCAGGGGCAUCUGCAACACCUGAUUGGAUGACAUCAAAUCACCAUGUAGAAUUUGAUAUUAUUGACAGUUUGGAUUAUGAUGAUGUUGACGAUGGGCUCAUUGAUCAAGAGAUGAUGCAUCAAAAGAGAGAGUCGAUUAUUAAGGAAUUACAUAAUUCAGAGAAGAUGUACAUAAAAAACGUAUUAGAAGUCCUUAGAGAUUCAUACAUCUUGCCUUUGCGUAAAAGCGCAAAGCAACCUUCAUAUGGCUUUUUGGGCAUGAAAAAGCCUCCUUGUACCGAAAGAGAAACGAAUUGGCUAUUUUGUAAUUUUGAAGACAUCAUACGUGUACAUCAAGAAAUUUUAACAAGCCUAGAAGAGCGUCUAGCCAUUUGGGGUCCGACACAGAUCAUGUCCGACAUUGUACUCACUUGGUUUCCAAAGAUUCAAGGAGCAUAUCACACCUAUUUUGAUAAUUACAGUACUAUGGUCACUACAGUCGAACGCCUAAAUCGAUAUCCGCCUUUUAAAAAGUUUUCAGAGUCAGUAGAAAAGGGCUUGACUAAAGAAAAAACUUUAUUGCAUUUACUAACAACGCCUGUUUCAUGUAUUCCACGCUAUGGAAAACUACUUUCUGCUUUGGCGGACAGUACAUAUUCUUUGCACCCUGAUUAUGCUGGCUUGAUGCAAUGUAAGCAACGCGUAGAGCAACUGUUUGAGGAGUUCAAGAUGAGAAUUGCAGAAGCUAAAAAUGUCGAUCAGGUGUACGAGAUACAUACGACCAUGACGGAUCAACCAUUUGGCAUCAGGGCAGAACGUAGACUGUAUUUACAGGGUGAUUUUAUACAAAUCACCAAAUCAAACACACAAGAAGAAAGGACUUAUUUCCUCUUUUCUGAUAUGCUGGUCUAUGUCAGACGAAAGCAAAACAACUUACAAUACAAAGGCCAUAUUCAAUUGGAAAGAGCAAAGAUACGCUUACUUCCAAAAGAUGAAGUGAACGAAGAAGGCUACUGUAUCGAAAUCAUUUCCUCCUUCCAAGGCGUGGAUUCGCUCAAUACAACCUUUAUGGCAUCGCCUACAGUACAUAUCAUGAAACUGCCCAGUAAAGCAGAGCAAAUGAAAUGGAAAGCAUGCUUGGAAAAUUCAGUUUCACGUAUCGAGCAGCUAACUAUGCAAUCUAGAUUGCAAACAAGUAAUAGCAGCAAGUUAACGCCACCGGGCUCCAUAAGAAAACAAGGUACUACCAUCUCUAAUGAAUCGAGUAAAUCCGUCUCGCUCUCUUAGGAUACCUUUCUCAACACCCCAUUCCACUCAUUCAUAUUACUCCCUUCAACAACUUUGUAAAGUUUAUAUGUAUAUAAUAUAUGCCCUUCCUCUCCCAUCCCACUCCUUCCCUUUCUCAACCUCUUGUCUCAUCCCUUUGUCUCUCCUUUGAGUAAAUCAUACAGUCGCUUGACCUAAAAUAAGACGGAUAUAAAACUUACGUUUAAUGGUGUUCGUAGUCAAUCAAUCUUGGGCAGUUUGCUGUCUUUUAUGCUUGAUAAGAACCUUGGUGCUCGUGUAUAUUCCUUUUUUUUUUUCUUUUUUCUUUUUUCUUUUU